UACUUGUAAUCUAUUUUCUGAAUUACAACUUUUACCCUUUUACCCAUUUCUUUUCAUUUUCCAAAAGUAAAGGAAACCAACCGCCAAAACCCGCACCAAUUUUAAUUCUGGGUACGGCCGACGGCGAGCAACAACUAGGGCUUUUCCUUUACACUGCGAUUUCUCUGAAAUUCGUGGCUAUUGCCAUGGCGGUUUAGUGGUAUAAGGAUUGUGAAAGAAGAGAGGUGGAGUGAAGGGACUAGAGAAAGAGAUGGCGUCUUCAGAUCAUGGGGCGAAGGAACCAGAGAAAGAGAUGGCAUAUUCAGAUGAUGAAUGUGAACUGGCUUUAGACAAUGUAUCAGAUUAUGAAUUUGUCUCUGAUACUGAGGAGUUGAUUUCAUUUGUCAAAUUACCUGUAGAGUGGAAUAAAGGCGAGACCCGUGAAGGAACGCGAAAACCAAUCUUCUUGUCUGGGAAAACUGAUAAUGGGCUUCGGCUUAUAUAUAAGCAGGUUAUUGCUUGGAAGUUUGAUCUUUCAUACGACAAGCCCGAGAUCUCUGUAUUAUCUGCAGAGGGUAAUUGGAUCAAGCUCCUGAAGCCAAGAAAUCUUUUCCAAGACACUAUCAGAACAAUUCAGAUCACAGUGCAUUUUUUGCACUUUGCUAAGUGGAAUCCUCAGCGAUCGAAGAAAGCUUUGUGGGAUCAUCUUAAUAGAUCCUUCAGUAUGUUCCAGAGAAGGCCUUCCGAGGAUGAUCUUUUAAAUCAUCUGCAGUUUAUUGACGAAGCUGUUAAGCGGGAUGAAACAUUGGCAAACUCCAAGCUUUUGACUACAUGUCUAGAUGAAAGUUUGGGGAAGAGAACUUUUACCGCGGAUGUAAAGCCUUCUUUUAUAGUUGAUGAUACGGAUGAUAAUGAAGAUCUGGAGGAGUUUGACAAGAUAGAUGAAAAUGGUGAUGACGAGUCUGAUGAGGAUGAUUGUUUCGACUCUGUUUGCGCAAUUUGUGAUAAUGGUGGUAAUUUAUUAAUUUGUGACGGCAAAUGUAUGAGGUCAUUCCACGCAACUGUUAAAGAUGGUGAGGAAUCUCAGUGCGAGUCUUUGGGCUUUACUAACGAAGAGCUAGAAGAACUGAAAACUGUUCCUUUCUAUUGUAAAAAUUGUGAGUAUAAGCAACACCAGUGCUUUGCUUGCGGAGAAUUGGGGUCUUCUGAUGAAUCAUCUGAUUGUGAGGUCUUUUGUUGUGUUAAUGGAGCUUGUGGGCUAUUCUAUCAUCCUCAUUGUGUAGCAAAACUUCUCCAUCCUGGGGAUAAAUCUGCAGUGGAAGAACACCGACAAAAGAUUGCUGCUGGAGAACAAUUUGCAUGCCCCGCUCACAAAUGUCAUAUGUGUAAGGAAUUGGAAGUGAGGUCAAAUCCUGACUUGCAAUUUGCCGUCUGUCGCCGUUGUCCACGGGCAUAUCAUAAAAAAUGUUUGCCAAGGGGGAUUGCAUUUGAGAAGGAUGCGGAUGAGGACAAAGGAAUUAUACAAAGAGCUUGGGAGGGACUGAUUCCCAACCGCGUAUUAGUUUACUGCUUAAAACAUGAGAUCGAUCCAGAUAUUUUCACGCCUGUUAGAGACCAUAUAAAAUUUCCAGGUCCUCAGCGAAAGAAAAUUAAGAAGCUACAAUUAGAAACCAGCAAAAGGAAAGAUUUGGUGAAGGAAAGAAAUGUGGCUUUAGAAGAAGAUGAUGAGAAAAAAUAUUUUGCAAAACCACCAAAACGGGCUGACAAAGUCUCUGCCAGUUCAAAGCAAGGUGAUCUUUCUAAAAGAGUUGAGAAAAUUCCUGCAGAAGGGCCUUUGAAAAGGCAGAAACUGGCUACAAAUACAAAUUCUCUUGGGAAAUCAAAAGAAUCUACAAGUGCUGAAGGGGAGAUAUCUUUAGGUGAGAAGUUGUAUUCCAGAUUUUAUGGUAUCGAUUCUGAACCAGUGAAAUCUAGCACCAGAGGAAGUCUUCCUGGUGAACGUAAGACUAUUCAGAAGACUAAGUCACCAGCAAAGAGAAUACAUAAUUCUGUCACUCUAGAUGCUGAUGCAAGAAAAAGAAUAUUGACCUUGAUGAAAGAUGCUUCAUCCUCAAUAACACUUGAUCAAAUUAAAGAAAGGCAUAAAUCACCAUCAACACAUAGUCAAUAUUCAAAAUUUUAUGCGGACACUGUUACAUUGGGGAAGGUGGAGAAUGCUAUUCAGUCUGUACGUGCUGCAUUAAAAAAAUUGGAUGAAGGAGGAACUAUUCUGGAUGCUAAAGCAGUUUGUGGGGAUAAUCUUCUCAGCCAGGUCACGAAAUGGAAAGAUAAGAUGGGUGUGUAUCUUUCUCCUUUUCUGCAUGGCAUGCGCUAUACAUCCUUUGGUCGCCACUUUACCAAAAUAGAUAAGCUUAAAGAGAUAGUUGACAUGCUCCAUUGGUAUGUUCACGAUGGUGACAUGCUAGUUGAUUUUUGUUGUGGUUCGAACGAUUUCAGCUGCCUUAUGAAAAAGAAGGUUGACGAGAUAGGAAAGAAAUGCUCAUUUAAAAACUACGACAUUCUACAACCAAAGAAUGACUUCAAUUUUGAGCAAAGAGACUGGAUGGGUGUAAGACCACAUGAGUUGCCAGAUGGGUCACAGUUGAUAAUGGGGCUGAACCCACCCUUUGGAUAUAACGCUGCCCUUGCCAACAAAUUCAUCAAUAAAGCUCUCGAGUUCAAACCAAAACUCAUAAUCCUUAUAGUUCCAAGGGAAACAGAGCGGUUAGAUAAAAAGGCAUAUCCAUAUAAUCUGGUUUGGGAGGACGAUCAGAUGUUCAACGGCAGGACAUUCUAUCUACCUGGAUCUGUGGAUGUAAAUGACAAAGAAAUUGAGGAUUGGAACUUGAUUGCUCCAGUACUCUCCUUAUGGAGUCGUCCAGAUUUGGCGCCCAAACACAAGGCUAUUGCUGAACAGCAUGGGCAUUCGUCUGGCGCUCGAAAGAACUAUAGAUUGGAGGAAAGUAGUAAAGAAAUGCCAGUCCAAGCUAUACAUCCAGAUAAACCUGAAAAUCAAGAGAGUAGUAGAGAAAUGCACGCCGAAACUGUAUAUUCAGAUAAACCUGAAAAUUUGGAGAGUAGUAAAGAAAUGCACGUCCAAACUGUACAUCCCGAUAAACCUGAAAAUCAGGAACAAGAAGACGACGCUAUGGUGGCUUCGAGCAACCAGGAAAGUUUGCCAUGUGAUGGUAGCAGAGGCAAUGAAGGGGAUAAGAACCCUGCCGAGGAGAAAAAUCAUUCCGAACCAAAUUCAAAUAAAUUUGAUGGCAAAGGGAAAAGGAAAAGGCAAUCGAUUAAUUUACCACCGGAGGACAACUUGUCCUCCAGCAAAGGCUCUCAAUUGCGUCACCUGUCACCUCGUGUAGCUGGUGGGAAUUCAUUGGAACCAUAUCCACCUAAACUUGUCAGAACUCCAUCGCAUGUUCAUUCUGACUAUCACCAGCCGAAUAGAAGUAACUUACAUACACCACAUCAGCCUUACCCUGAAGCUGCUGCAUACGGUAGAAAUGAAGGGGCUGUGGGAAAUUUGGUGAGGAGGUACGCUGCUCCAAGCCCUAACCCUAAUUAUGGUUUAAGGAGAGAAGAACCCAAUUCUUGGAGUCCGAGACCUGUUACCCCAUCCUAUCCUGGACCUGGAUUUCCAUCUCGAUACGGUGGACAACAUAAUCAUCCAGCUGUUAUCCCCAGUUACAACGAGAUGAACAGUACACCAUCUACAAUGCAGAGAUAUGCUCCUCGUUUGGAUGAGUUAAAUCAUGCUCGUAUGAACAACAACAGACCACCACCUAUGCAUGAUCCGAGUGUGAUGUACCGUCCUCCAGGUACUCUAGGACCUGUUCCUCGAGGUGGCUCUUUAGGUUUUGCACAGCGCCCGUACUUGCCACAUUCGCAGCACAACUCUUCUUCGGGUUGGCUUAAUGAGUAGAUUUUCACGGGGCACAAUGUAAUUGCGUAUAUAGGUUGGAGUUGAAAACUCCGUUUUUUGUUGGAAGUAUAACUAUGUUUUGUUUAGUGGGGCGGUUGGUCUUUGUUUUGUAUUAUACUUGAUGGUUGAUGCUAAUGAAUCAGUACAUAUUUUGGGUCUCACUGUUUUUAUUGGCUACAUGGGAACUUUAUUUUUUUUGGUCUUA